AUGGCGACCGUUCCAGUAAACCCUAAGCCGUUUCUAAACGAUCUCACGGGGAAGCAAGUCAUCGUAAAGUUGAAAUGGGGCAUGGAGUACAAAGGCUAUCUGAUGUCCGUCGACGCCUAUAUGAACCUUCAGCUAGCGAGCACGGAAGAGUAUAUCGACGGUCAGUUUAUGGGAAGCCUUGGUGAAGUGCUCAUCAGAUGCAACAACGCUGACAGCGGGGAAGGAGAUAGACGGCUAAUACGCCCAAAAUUAAGCUUUGUUCGGCGCUCUGCGAUCCUCGCUCUUCUGGUCGCGAUUUCGGUCGCUCUGCUUGCACCCUCCGCUUAUGCGGAGUCCAGCUCCGUCGCCACUUCAGAUCUCGAGCAGAGCGCCGCAGUCGCCGCAAGGCGCUUCUUGGGAGACGACCACCACGACCAUCACGACGACCACCACGACGACCACCACGACGAUCACCACGAGGAGAAGCCCAAGCCCAAGCCCAAGCCCGAGGAGCCCGAGGAGCCCAAGCCGAAGCUGACGUGCAUUCAGAAGUACAAGAUCAAGUACGCCGCUUGCGACACCAAGGAGGAGGAAUGCGUUGCGAAAGCGGAGGAUGCGGACGAGAAGGAGAUGUGCGAGGCGCAGUCGACGGUGUGCGAGCGCAAGGCGUACAGGUCGUUCAAGAACUGCAAGUACGGCAAGUGGGGCUGCAAGGACUGGUGCCUGUACCGCCGCCGUCAGUGCCUCAAGUGGUACAAGGCCCCGGUGUGCGAGGAGAAGUACGAGGAGUGCGUUGAGAAGUGCACGCCCAAGCCCAAGCCGUCACCGGCGCCCAAGAAGGAGCACGACGAUCACCACGACGACCACCACGACGACGAUCACCACCACGACCACCACGAUGAUUAG